UAGAGCUACCAUUAUCCCAAUCUCUCUCACACAAAAUCCACAGUCUAGAAACUAGGGUUUCUUCAUCAACACACACAAAAGCGCUCUCAACCAAACCAACAAUGCCGAAGAACAAAGGAAAGGGAGGAAAGAAUCGGAAGAGAGGAAAGAACGAAGCAGAUGACGAGAAACGCGAACUGAUUUUCAAAGAAGACGGUCAAGAAUACGCUCAAGUUCUCCGUAUGCUUGGUAACGGUCGUUGUGAAGCUAAUUGUUUUGACGACAAUGGCGGAAAGAAACGUCUCUGUCAUAUUCGUGGUAAGAUGCACAAAAAGGUCUGGAUUGCUGCCGGUGAUAUAAUUCUCGUCGGACUUCGCGAUUAUCAGGAUGAUAAAUCUGAUGUUAUUCUGAAAUAUAUGCCUGAUGAAGCUAGGCUUCUUAAGGCUUAUGAGGAGCUUCCUGAUAGUGUUAGACUUAAUGAAGGUAUUGCUGGUGGUCUUGAUGAAGAUGAGGAUUUUGGUGCUGAUUACAUUGAGUUUGAAGAUGAAGAUAUUGAUAAGAUUUAGGGUUUUUUCUUGAAUUUUAAUUGUCUUGUUUUUAGGAUUUCCAACUAUAAUUUGUAACUACUCUUUUGCUUAAUCAUGAUGAUGAUGAUGAUGAUGAUAUGUAAUGUUU